AUGUCGGUCAGUGCGAGAUCCGCUGCUGCUGAGGAGAGGAGCGUCAACAGCAGCACCAUGGGUGAGUCUCAGCUUUGGGCCGUCGCGACUCGGAAGAACCUUGAAGGCUAUGUGGGAUUUGCCAAUCUCCCAAAUCAAGUAUACAGAAAAUCAGUGAAGAGAGGUUUUGAAUUCACACUUAUGGUUGUGGGUGAGUCUGGACUGGGAAAGUCAACAUUAAUCAACUCAUUAUUCCUCACAGAUUUGUAUUCUCCAGAGUAUCCAGGUCCUUCCCAUAGAAUAAAAAAGACUGUACAGGUGGAACAGUCCAAAGUUUUAAUCAAAGAAGGUGGUGUUCAGUUGCUGCUCACAAUAGUCGAUACCCCAGGAUUUGGAGAUGCAGUGGAUAAUAGUAAUUGCUGGCAGCCUGUUAUCGACUACAUUGAUAGUAAGUUCGAGGACUACCUAAAUGCAGAAUCUAGAGUGAACAGACGUCAGAUGCCUGAUAACAGGGUGCAGUGUUGUUUAUACUUCAUUGCUCCUUCAGGACAUGGACUUAAACCAUUGGAUAUUGAGUUUAUGAAGCGUUUGCAUGAAAAAGUGAAUAUCAUUCCACUUAUUGCCAAAGCAGACACACUCACGCCAGAGGAAUGCCAACAGUUUAAGAAACAGAUAAUGAAAGAAAUCCAAGAACAUAAAAUUAAAAUAUAUGAAUUCCCAGAGACAGAUGAUGAAGAAGAAAAUAAGCUUGUUAAAAAGAUAAAGGACCGUUUACCUCUUGCUGUGGUAGGUAGUAAUACUAUCAUUGAAGUUAAUGGCAAAAGGGUCAGAGGAAGGCAGUAUCCUUGGGGUGUUGCAGAAGUUGAAAACGGUGAACAUUGUGAUUUUACAAUUCUAAGAAAUAUGUUGAUAAGAACACAUAUGCAGGACUUGAAAGAUGUCACUAAUAAUGUACACUAUGAGAACUACCGGAGCAGAAAACUGGCAGCUGUGACUUAUAAUGGAGUUGAUAAUAACAAGAAUAAAGGGCAGCUUACUAAGAGCCCGCUUGCACAAAUGGAAGAAGAAAGAAGGGAACAUGUAGCUAAAAUGAAGAAGAUGGAGAUGGAGAUGGAACAGGUGUUUGAGAUGAAGGUCAAAGAAAAAGUUCAAAAACUGAAGGACUCUGAAGCUGAGCUCCAACGGCGCCAUGAGCAAAUGAAAAAGAAUUUGGAAGCACAGCACAAAGAAUUAGAGGAAAAGCGUCGUCAGUUUGAAGAUGAGAAAGCAAACUGGGAAGCCCAACAACGUAUUUUAGAACAACAGAACUCUUCAAGAACCUUGGAAAAGAACAAGAAGAAAGGGAAGAUCUUUUAA